AUGUUCACUCAAUUGGCCUUCUUCGCUCUUCUAGCUCUUCCAUUCAUUGCCGCUAACAAGCAAACGGUGGGAAUCGAGGGGAAGCUCACUUGCAAUGGAAAGCCAUACUCGGGAGCUAAGAUCAAGCUCUAUGAUCAUGAUACUUUGACUAUGGACGACAAGCUCGGCGAGACGCAAACUGAUAACACUGGAUAUUUCAAGCUCGUCGGAACCGGCAGCGAAGUGAGCCGUCUCAACGUCAAAUUCAACGUGUACCACAGAUGUGGAAAGACGACUGUGAGAGUCUACGGAAAGCUGACUUGCAAGGGACAACCGUAUGGAGGAGCAAAAAUCAAGUUGUACGAUCAUGACACUUUCACUCUUGAUGACAAAUUGGCGGAGGGUCGCUCGAAUGCCGAUGGAACGUUCGAUUUGGAGGGAAUGGGAAAUGAGAGGACACGGCUUAAUGUAAAGAUGAACAUCUAUCACAGAUGUGACAAAACGAUCCCUCUCUGCUACUACAAACACUCGUUCCCCGUCCCCUACACGUACAUUUCCGCUGGACCAAGGGCCACCAAUCCGUACAACGUGCAAACUCUCGAACUCUCAAUGCUUGAGAAGGAACGCGAUUGCUUCAACAAGAAA